AAACGUUUUGCGGGUAAUAUGGCAUUGUGGAACAAAGUGUCAUCAGGAUUUGAUAAAGAUGAAGAAACUGUGAAUUUUGGUACACGAACAAUAGCAGAAAACAAUGGUUCAUUGUAUGAAACUUCUACAAUUGCCAUAAUACAAUCGGACGGAAAGGCAAUAGAGGAGCCAAAUGUUUUGGCAUCUGUGCAUUACUCAAGACUUUGUGUAGCAAUUGAUAAGUCAAUUACAAUAUUUAAGAAUGAAACUUGCGAGGAAAUAUUAUUAAGCAUCAGUUUUGACUCACCAGUAAUAUGUUAUUGCAUCUCCGAAAAUGGUUCUUUCCUAUUUGUUGUACUAUCAAAUGGAAUUUUAUAUUGUCUCCAUUUAUUAACUAAGGGACAAGUUAUUUUCACAAAAAAUAUAACAAAGAACGCAAAUACCAUAGAAGCAAUAUUUUUACAAAAUGAAUGCAACAAUUAUAUCAAUAUAUAUCUUGUUGCAAAAAAUGGUGCCAUUUAUAGAGUAUCAAAGUUUAAUGUUAAACUUAUUGAAGAUAAUAUUUUUCAUGGAUCCGAUGUUACAGUAAAAGAACUGAUAGACCAAGUUCAGUGUAUACAGCUAUUCAAAGGAUUUUUUUAUGAUGAGGUAAUAUAUGCUACUAUUGGUGUCAUAAAUGAAGAAAUAUCUGUGGCUAUGAUAUGUACAAAUAUGUUGUUCAUGUGGCCCAGUGAACUAUACAAUAAUUUUAAUAUGAUGCAAUACAAUUAUACCGCAGUAAAAUUUUUUAAAAAUCAUAUGUCAAUGCUAUGCUUACGUACAGAUAACAUGUUAAAUAUAGUUUGUCCUCAAACUUUACUUGGUUUAAAAGUAUAUAACAAACCUGUGUCAGAUUUUGCAAUAAUUGAAAAUAAUGAUAAUAGCUUAUGUCAAAUACUUGUUCUGACAACAAAUGAUGAUGAAUGUACUACACGGACUUUAGGUGUUCUUUCAUUUCCAGAAUUUGAACAGAAGUUUCAAAUAAGUGUACCUAUUACAACAUACCUUGUUGAAAUUAUGGAUCCUUGCGAUGAAGUAAUUUUAUUUUUAGAAGGUGUUAAUGAUUUUAAAAACAAUACUAAAUACACAGAUACAAUUAGAGUAAAAACUGUAUCAGAAAAUCUUCCUGAAUGUCAAUUACAACGCUUAUUGAGGAGGGAACAGUUUGAUGUAGCUGAAACUUUUGCAAACAAAUUUAAUUUAUCCUCGGAACCAAUUUAUUGCGCAAAAGUGGCAUUAUAUUUGUCACAACUUGGACCUUGGGCAAAGAAGUCAUCCGAUCCGAUUCAAUUUGAUGCUCUUCUUAAUAUAUUUGAUAAAAUAGAAAAUGUGCAAUACAUAGUAGAAUGUUGUAGCAAAGCACUUCUACCAGAAUAUAAGCAAAUGAGGAAAAUUUAUUUAUACGCACGCGAAAGAAUAAUAGAAAAUAUAUCAAAAACGAAGAACAAUGAAUAUUUAAAUCUUUUGUUUUUAAUUAACAACAUAUUGCACAAAUUAGAAACAUUUCACAUGAUUUGGGGAUAUCAAAAGGAUUCUAAAUGCUAUGAUGAUGAUACUAUGAAAGAAUGGAUAAAAUUUUCACGAGCAAAUUUUAUGGAAGAAUAUAAAACUCAUUUACGUUUGGGUGAACUUGAUGCAGCUACUCUAAUCUGGACUAGACAUUUUUCAGACAUUAUAAAACAUGUAUCUGUAGAAACUGUAGAAAACAUUUUUACACUUAUUCCUGAACAAAUAUCACUAUCUGCUCUUUGGCCAUGGUUGUCAUAUUUUAUACCGACUUUACUAUCUUCUAUUCCUGGCGCAAUCGGUGUAAUUAUUCUCUGGGGAUGUAAAAAAGUCAAAUCAUUUGAAAAAUUACAUCGUAUCACGUGGCCUCAGAAUGGAAUUGAUUUUGCGAAUAAGUUUAUACGAUUGUUACGAAUUGAAGAAAAUGAUCAGCCGCUGUAUGCUCACUAUGAAUAUUUGAGUAAAGAUUCAGAUUUAAAACAAUUUGUUCUUUUGAUACAAGCUAUGUCUGAUGUCAAACAAUUAAAAGCCAAUUAUAGAUUAACAAUAUCUCUGGAUUCAUAUAUUCGAGACCCUAUUGAAGUGUCUCAUAUCUUAUUGAAUAAAAUAUACAUAGAUACAAUUCCAGAAUUUGUAAAUACAUUUUUGGGACAAUACAUGCUAAAUAAUUCAUUACAAAAUGAUCAUGUCUUUUCUUCAUACAUACAGAAAAUUAUACAAAACUCUAAAAAUUGGUGGUCUGGCGAAGAAGCUCCAUGGGAAAAAAGGGUGGUUGUUAUUAUUGGUUUGAUUCAAAAUGUAGAGACUAGAUUACAACAAACAUUAGAGGUAUUGAAGAAAGCUUUUGUUCCAUGGAGUUCCACUAUAGUAACUUUAGCAGAAACAAGCAGCAACUUGGACCAUGUUUUAGCAUUUCAAAUAAAAAUGGAAUACAAUUAUAUGUCAAUAAAGCUUAUAUUAAAGAAAUAUGGAUAUGAGCGCAUUGGUAUAAAUGAUAAAUUGAUAUCCCGUAUAAUAAAAGAAAAUCAUGAGGACAUGAUCUCUCAUAUCCAACAAGUAACUAAAAAUGAUCCAUUAUUAAAAAAAAGAGCGUUUUCAUCUUGUACAAUCUAUUACUUGUCUAAAGGGAAUAUAGAAAAAGUAAUAAAUAUUUUGGAUUCAUUGGAAACAGAUAUUUUAUUAUAUUGUUGUAUACAAAUCAUUAAUUACGUAACGGCCAGUUUAACUUUAAAGAUUUUACCCGAAUCCCUUGAACAUUACAUUGAAAUAUUGGGUUGGGUGAAAUUACAAUUAAAAGAAAUUUCAACAAAAUGUAAGACCAGGUCACAUUACUGUAACAGUAUUGUUAUUAGUAUAGACGAAGUGAAGUCGAUGUAUCUGUUAAAAAAACAAUUUCAAAUUAAUAUUACAUUCGAAGAAUAUCACACUGAAAAAUCGCUAAUAUUACGGAAUUAUGUUGAAAAAGUAUGCAACGAUACAGAAAGCGUUAAUUAUGUACCUAUUCUGUACAAAAAUGUUAUUAAAAUAGCAGACUUACUUCGGUUACAAAGGCUUGAUGCUAUAUCUUUGUUGGUAGAAUGGACAAAGAAUAUAGAUAUAUUUAAACAUUUCAGCAGAUACACAGGAAAACAGUUACAUUUAAUGCCAGAGGAAUGUCAAUAUAUACAUAAAAUGUGUUUGUUAAUGCUACAGUAUGCCAAAAUGGAUUCAGACAUGAUGGUAAAUGUUCAGAAUUUAAUUUCUGCAACAUUAUGCAUUUGUUCAGAUGAUAAAUUACCGUCCAUGUUGUCAUUACUUGUCUGUGUAAACUUGUUUCAAGACUGCUUUAACAAAAAUACUGUACACAGUUCAAAUGAAACGAAUACAAUGCAAGAGAAUAUUCCAAUAGCAAAUUGGAAAUUAUAUACAAUAUAUAAAGAUUUAGCUAUUGCCGCAGAUGAAUUGUUACUACCAGUAUUUAGAGAUGUAAUUUCUAUACAGAAGCUUUACAUGGUCAAAUCAGAAUUAGAUGGAAAAUGUACAGUGAUAAAUAAAGCUGAUCUAAGUUCCAAACAGCUAAAUAUACAAGAACUGUUGAAGGAAUUGCUCGAUACAAUGAAGAAUUUAAAAGUGGGACACAAUGAUUAUUCUUUACUGCAAAUUAUUAAGACAUUGUAUUUUAGUAUUUGCAUUAUACCAGAUAUGAAUACCACUUUAUUAACAGAAACUCAAUUACUAUACUACCAUUUUAUAACAGUACUAUUAAAAAAAUUAGCAAGUACACGAACAUUUGAUGUUCAUCUUGGUCUGUCGUGUUUGUUUAUGUUACCCGAGUCGAUGGCAUGUAAAUGGUUUUCUGCUGCUUGUAAAUUAUUGCAAUCUAAUUGUACCCGACACUUACGAGUAUCGGUGCUUGGAUAUGAAUAUUUUCGUUUGACAAAAAAUGAAGCGAUCAUGCAAACAUACCAAGAUAACAAAACAUUACACCAUUGGGCACAAAAGUUAUCAAAAUAUUCUGUUUCAUAUAAAGAGAUUUUAACAAGUGAUACUCAAUGUAAGAGAGAAAUAUUGCAACGCAUUAUGAAUUACAAUGGUGAUGAUUUAGUGUCUUUAUUCCAACAAUUUUCCCAUGAUUUUGGCUUUGAUGAGCAAGAUUGUUUGCUACUUUAUCUAGAAACAAUAGUAAAAACAUGGAAUCCAAAAUUACGCAUAAGCAAUCUUAAUGGAAGGAAAGAAUUACACAUUGACGAAGACGAAGUAAAUGAACUAAAAAAAAAGUGUAGCAUUGUAGCUGCUAAAAUUUCAGACAAAACUGCUUUAACAAACUGUAUCAACACUGUUUAUUCACAAAUUAAUUUUUAUCAUUAUGAAAUAUUUAUAAUCCUUAUGGAUCUUAUUGAAGAUCGGAAAAUUGAAAAUAGAAAUUAUUUUCGUUUUCUACAAAAUUAUACUCGUAUUAGUCAACAUACUCAAAUAGAACACGACGAGUGGAUGCAUCUUAAUCCAGGAUAUACAUGUCUACCACCUAUAGCAGAAUGGCGAUUACCUUUUUUGCCUAAAGUUGAUUUAUGGACACUUAUAACUCCAGAAUUAAAUCUAAAAAGUUACAAAAAAUGGUUAAAUAUUGCUCCUACUCUUAAAUUACAACCACAUAUUAUAUGUACAUUGGCUAUUAAGGGAGAAGUAAAUAAUACUUGGGGGAAUAAACAUAAAACAGAUAAAUGGAGUGUUUGGUCAAAAAAUAGUAGUUUAUUGAGCGAUAUAAUGAAAUGCAUUGAGCAAAUGAAUGAUCCAAAAGCAUUAUACUAUGGCACAGCAGCGUUAUAUUACGUUGUGAAUCAUACUCCUCCAGGUGCUGACCAAGUGGCAGCAGUCGAAGAAUGUUAUAAAUAUGCUCAAAUAUAUACUCAGAAAUCUACUACAUUUGAAGAGGGAAUGCUAGAGAAAAUAAAAUUCAAGUAUUUAUAUUUUACGUCGGAACAUGUUUUACGUACGCAUGGCUUAGGAAAGGCGAACUAUCUAUCAUUAAUUGGAGAUUCGCGCAAGCUGGUUCGGGAAUUGUACACAGAUGAAAGUAUACCACAAAGGUAUAAAUAUGUAAUUGAUCAUAGACCUGAUAUAAAUUCGGCGGUCAAUUCUCUCAGUCAGUUGUUUUCUAUCAAUAUGGUAAAACUAUGGGUGGAAUUAUUACAAGAGUGGCUGCAACCAGAAAAUAAAUAUGGGAGAUUUAAUCAUAGCAUUACGGAUGCAUUUUCAACGAUAAAUUCCGAGCCAAAUACAACUUCUAAUGAUAAUUUAUUAAGGGCACGUUAUAUUCUAGAACAUGGAAAUCUUGAAUUGUCAGCUAACUUUCUUAUAAACAUAGUUUUUGAUGAUAGUAAUGAAGAUUAUAAUCCUGAAACACGUUACAGAGCUCUUCACGUGUUACAAUCUAUACUUGAUGUAGCUAAAUUAGAAGAUUUAACUAAACGUGAUAUUCGAACAAUCAGAAAUUAUAUGAAAUCUCUAAAGUAUAUAGGUAGAUUGGAAUCAUUGGGAAUAGGUUACAGUAUAAAUGCAUUUGAAACAUGUUCCAAGCAUGAACUGGUACAAAUUUUAUGGAAAACACAAAAUUACUCGACCCAGGCACUUGUUGUUAUUGCACAAAUCUGCAUAGAUUUUGAAAUAUAUGACUACGCAUUAUGGGAUAAAAAUUUAACACAAUUAGCUAAAUUAUUAAUGGUUAACGAACUAAAAAAGAUCUUACUGCAAACACGAAGUAUAAGUGCUAUUGUAAACUGUAAUGGAUAUAUAUCAGGGUGGCAAGUAAUAAUUUCUGAACCUUUUAGAAAAAUGAAUGUUCAUCCGACCUUGGAACAAAUUGAUAGUUGUAUAGAAGCAUUACAACUUUUGUAUUCGUGCCCUGUUGUACAUGUUUUAUGUUUCAAUGAAAUUAUAAAAUAUUGCUUUCAAUCUAUACAACCACAUUUAGCUGCUGCUCUUUUACCUUUUUUGUAUAACGAUGAUAAAAAACAUGUUUUAGAGGAAAUCAAAAAUAAAUUCAACGUUACGAAAGUAUUGGAAGAUUUAAAUAACUUAUCAUUAAGUGGAAUACUUUGUGUAUCUUAUUGCACUAAAAUUAUACAAAAUACAUUGUCAAAGACACAUCUCUAAUAAAGCAUGG